AUGGUGCCGCGGGCGUCGGGGGCGAGCGUGGAGUCCUCCGUCUGGGGAGGCGGCAGGAGCAGCAGCUGCACCGAGCGGAAGCACAACAACAAAAACAACACGGACUGUGGGGGUGCGCGAAGAGCGCCCGCGACCCCGCCCCCGCCGCCCCAGUGCGCAGGCGCUAGGGUGGGCACGCCCCCUCUCCGGCGCGCAGGUGCCGCCCCUUCAGCCCGGUGGAAGCUUCUCCUUCCUGACUCUUCUCACGUCCGCGCUCGGGCUGAGCGAGAAGGGGGCGGGGGGCGGUCGCCCAGGCGCAAGUGCGCAUGUCCGCCUGUCUCCUCUGCUCCUCCGGCUCUUGGAGGGCCAGUUGGAGGCGCGCAGGGUGUUCUGUUGCGCAUGCGCUGGUUUCCAGAGAGGGGCGUCUGGCGGGGCGGGUUGUCGAGGUCAGGUGUUCCACCUGUCACUCGGAGAUGGUGCCCCUUCCAAGAUGGGCAUGGCCUAUGCGCAGCGAGGCACGUAGGACGGUGUAACCGAGAGCGCCUCUGGGCAUGCACAGAGCGCAUUUGCAGUGUCAGGGCUGCUGCACAACGCUGGCCCUCCAGCUGUUUUUGGAUUACAACUCCCAUCAUCCCCAGCCACAGCGGCCAAUUGCGGGACAUUACUCUGGAAUAAGGCCAUGCAUGCAAACCCUACGCCAGUAAGCAAUGCCAGUUGGGUACUACACACAGCUAGAAUAUUAGUAAAGACUGGUAAAUGUAGGAGCUACUAGGAAGGAAGAUUGCACAUAACCAUUGAAACACAUUCCUUUUUUCUGAUUGGUCAUGAAGAUACACUUCCUUUCCAAAGAGAAAGAGAGCCAACAUAGCAUAGUCAUUAGAGUGUUGGACUAGGACCAGGAAGACCAGAGCUUGAAUCCCCAUUCAACCAUGAAACUCACUGGGUGACUCUGGGCCAGUCAUGUAUCUCUCAGCCUAACCUACCUCACAGGGUUGUUGUGGGGAUAAAAUAACCAUGUACACCACUCUGACCUCAGAAGAAGAGCAGUAGAAGUGUAAAAAUAAAUAAAAUAAAGUAACUGUUCCUCACAGGAGAUGGUUUUCAGACCC